AUGCGCAGAGGGCGCUUGGGGCACAAGGCUGGGGCCCUGGGUGGGGGUUGGAAGGGGCUCCAGCGGCCCUCCCUCUCCAGCUGGGACCCGCUUCAAGAAUUCGGGCUGGGUUCAGCGGGCGGCGAUGGAUGGAGAAGGCGCGCCUGGCUGGCCCGGGCCGGGCGCCGUCCAAGCGGGGCUGCAGCCUCAAUGCAGGGAGGCGAGGCGGCCUCUGCAGCCUGCACGGAGGCGCGGGCGGGCGGCCCCGAAGAGGCUCCUCUCGCUCGGGAGGGUCCUGCAGCCGCCGCCGCGCCGUCGAGGGCCGAAGCUGGAGCCGCGGUUGGAGCCUGCGGAGCCCCCGCGCGUCCCCUGCGCCGCCUGCUCCCCUCCCUCCCCUCCCCUCGCUGGCGGGCUGCAGCGCAGGCGGCGUCGGAGGGACGAGGCGGGCCCGGCUCCUUUGGCUUUGGCGCCCCCGCCCGCCCCCUGCCGACGUGUGCCUCCUUCGCCUCGCCGCGCAACUUCGCCGGCGGCUCCCUGCAGCCAUCGCCCUCCCGAGCUGAGACCGGCCCGGCGGCGGCGGCCCCGACGGCUAUGCCCGCCCGGCCCCGGCGCGCCCUGCUGGGCACCCUCCUGCUGAGCCUGCAGCUGCCGCUCGGCGCCCUCCUCCUCCUGCAGCCGCCAGGUAGGGAAGGGGCGCCGCGGCCUCCCUUGCUGGAGCCCCCGCGCCGCGCUCUUGUGGCUCGCGAGCGGCUUGCAGUCGGGCCUGGCCUGGCCUGGCGAACGGGCACUGGGCGAAGAAGCCCCGGAGCCAGCCAGCCUUGCAGCCCGCAGCUGCUGCGCUUGGAGAUGGGGCCCCCCAGCCCCGACGUGGGGACUCCCCCGAGCCAGAAGUGUGUGCACAUCCAGGAUGUGGCAGAAAGGACAGGAAGACUCAUAAAGCCCACAGAUUAUUAUCCUUUCUUGCUGAUCCAUGUGGGAACAAGUGAUGCUGCCGAGCACAGUGCAGAAGGUAUUAAAAGAAACUUUGUGAUUCUGGUGGAUACAAAUGCUGGUCACAGCCAGACGGUCAGGCUUUCUCUGUUGACACUGACUUUGCUUUUGCUUUUUGCAGACUCUGGGGUGUUUCUCAUCUACAACAGUGAGCUGCCUGGCUGCUUGGAGACAAAAGAUUCCCUAGUGAAGAUUUCCAAGACCUGUAACACCAGCGCUCCAGCUCAGCAGUGGAAAUGGGUUUCUCGGAGCCGGCUCUUCAACAUUGGGACCAUGCAGUGCUUGGGUGUCUCCUGGAAAUCUGCCAACGCCAGCACAGCGAACCUUGCCCUGGCCACCUACGAGUGUGACCAAGAGUCUGUCAACCUGCGAUGGAACUGCCGGACCCUUGGGGACCAGCUGUCUCAGUCUUUGGACUCCAGGCUGGGAAACUGGUCACUGACUUCAGUGGAGAGGGGUGACCAGGCACGCAGAGGCCGGUGGAAGGUGUAUGGGCAGGAGGACGAUCUGUGCUCCAAGCCAUAUUCGGAAAUUUAUACCAUCCAAGGCAACUCACACGGGAAGCCCUGUACCAUCCCGUUCAAGUACGAUAACCUUUGGUUCUAUGAUUGCACCGGUAUGGGUCGUGAAGAUGGUCACCUCUGGUGUGCCACUACACAGGAUUAUGGCAAAGAUGAGAGAUGGGGCUUCUGCCCCAUUAAGGGCACUGACUGUGACACGUUCUGGGAUAGGGACCACCUCACCGGCAGCUGCUACCAAUUCAACUUCCAGUCCACCCUGUCUUGGCUGGAGGCUGGGAAGAGCUGUGAACAGCAAGGGGCCAGCCUGCUCAGCAUCACUGAGAUCCACGAACAGACGUACAUCAACGGACUCCUGACGGGUUAUAGUUCCACCCUCUGGAUUGGGCUGAAUGAUUUGGACCUCAAUGGGGGCUGGCAGUGGUCAGACAACUCACCCUUGAAGUUCCUCAACUGGGAGAGUGGUCAGCCAGACAACUCCCAUGAAGAGAACUGCGGAGUGAUCCGGACUGAAUCGUCGGGGGGGUGGCAGAACCGGGACUGCAGCGUUGCUUUGCCUUACAUCUGCAAGAAAAAAGCCAAUGCCGCCUCUAACACAUAUCUGACAGUUGAUUCUUGGUUGGAGACGAAGGUGGACUGUGAUCCUAGCUGGCAGCCUUUCCAGUCUAACUGCUACCGACUGAUCAGUGAGAAGAAGACUUGGCUGGAUGCCAAGAAGAUCUGUUUAUGGAAUGAAGGGGACCUGGUGAGCAUCCACACUCUCCCUGAACUGGAGUUUGUUACCAAGCAAGUCAAGCAAGAUGUCGAAGAACUCUGGAUUGGCCUGAAUGAUCUCCGCCUGCAGAUGAACUUUGAGUGGUCUGAUGGCACACCGGUGCAGUUCACCUUCUGGCACCCCUUUGAGCCCAACAAUUUCAGGGACAACCUGGAGGACUGUGUCACGAUCUGGGGACCGGAAGGGAGAUGGAACGACAGCCCUUGUAACCAGACUUUGCCCUCUGUCUGCAAGAAGAAGGGUCGUGUGAAUCCAGGCAUAGAAGAUGAGGACCAUGGCUGCAGAAAGAGUUGGAAAUGGCACACGCCAUCUUGCUACUGGCUGGGAGAUGAGCACGUCAAGUACACGGAAGCUCGGAAGAUAUGCACGGACUAUGGGGCUACUCUGCUCACCAUCACAAACAGGUUUGAACAGGCCUAUGUGAACAGUCUCAUUUACAGCUGGGACAACGAGUAUUUCUGGACAGCACUGCAGGACAUAAAUGAAACUGGGUCUUUCCAUUGGCUGAGUGGGGAUGAAGUCAUGUACACCCACUGGAAUCGUAACCAACCAGAUUAUAGUAAAGGGGGUUGCGUUGCCUUGGCUACGGGGAGUGCCAUGGGCCUGUGGGAAGUGAAGAACUGCACCACUUUCCGGGCCAAAUACAUCUGCAGGCAGAACCUGGGAACUCCAGUGAACCCUGAGCUUCCUGCCCCCCGCCCCACCCCCAGCCUGACUGGCUCCUGUCCCCAGGGGUGGAGCACCAGCCCCACGAUGAGGCAUUGCUACAAGGUUUUCCACUAUGACCAAUUGCAAGAGAAGAAAAGCUGGAUCAUGGCCCACGUGUUCUGCCAGGACUUGAAAGCCCAGCUUCUCAGCCUGGGCAGCUACGCGGAGGAGCACUUUGUGGCCAACGUGCUCAACAAGAUCUUCGGGGAAUCAGAACCUGAAAUCCAUGAACAGCACUGGUUCUGGAUAGGCUUGAAUCGCCGAGCUCCUGGGGCAGAGAGAAGCUGGCAGUGGAGUGAUGGACUUGGGUUUUCUUAUCAUAACUUUGACCGCAGCAAUCAUGAUGACGAUGACAUCCGUCACUGUGCCGUGCUGGACCUGGCCUCUUUGCAGUGGAUGCCUCUGCAAUGUGGAGUUCAGCUGGACUGGAUCUGCAAACUGCCCAAAGGUACUGAUGUGAAAGAGCCAGAGGUACCUAACCAAGGGAGCAAUGAAUGGGUGAAGAAUCAGGAUGCUGAAUACAAGUUCUUCAGCCUCCAUUCAACGUGGAUGCAAGCCCAAAGGAUCUGCACUUGGUUCCAGGCUGAGUUGGCAUCAGUCCACAGCCCAGCUGAGCUGGAUUUCUUGGGUCAAAACCUGAAGAAGCUCCGAAGGGGCCAGGAUCAGUACUGGUGGAUUGGGCUGAAUACCUAUGAGAAUGACGGACGAUUUCGGUGGUCUGACCGUUCCCUUGUGAAUUUCAUCUCAUGGGCACCAGGCAAGCCACGGCCUAUCAGCAAGGACAGGAGGUGCGUCUACAUGACAGCCAGCCAAGACGACUGGGGUGACCAAAAGUGCCACACUGCACUGCCUUUUAUUUGCAAGCGCGGCAACAGCACAGCCAUGUGGCCUCCGUCGCCCUCCCUGCCUGUGCUGACUCCUGGCGGCUGUGCCCAAGGCUGGAACAUGCACAGAAAUAAGUGCUUUAAGAUAUCCAGGCAAGAGCAAGUGACCUGGCCGGAGGCAAAGCGCAUCUGUGAGGCUCAGGGGGGCCAGCUGGCCACCAUCUCCAACCACCUGGAGCAAGCUUUUAUAACCACUCUUCUCCCAAAUGUGACCUUUGACCUGUGGAUCGGCCUCCAUGACUCCAAGAAGGAAUUCCAGUGGGUGGACUCUGAACCUAUCAAGUAUAUGAACUGGGCCCCUGGCGAGCCAUCUGGCCAUGGAAACUCACCAGCCAAUGAGAAGCCGACCAACUGCGCGGUCAUUUGGCAUGGCUCCCCACCCCAGUUCACAGGUCGCUGGGAUGACAGGAACUGCCUGGAGGAGAAACAUGGCUUCAUCUGCCAGCAGAGCAAAGACCCUACUCUUGCCCCUUCUCUAGCAGACUUUCCUCCUGCUGCCAACUCCACCCUCUCGUAUCUCAACGGCAUCUAUCGCAUCCUGACGAAGCCACUCACGUGGCAGGAGGCCGUGCUGCUCUGUGAGAGUUUCAAUGCAAGCCUCACCGAUGUGAUGGAGCCAUACACCCAGGCCUUCCUCACCCAAGCAGUCAGCAGCCUGCGUGCUCCACUCUGGAUCGGCUUGGCCAAUGAGGAGGGACGACGGAGUUACGUAUGGUUCACAGAGGAGAAUCUUUCCUACACCAACUGGCAGGAUGGAGAGCCACAGCAAAUCAUGGGAUGCACCUACAUGGACAUAGAUGGCAUGUGGAGGACAGCUGGUUGUGACACCAAGUUACAGGGGGCCAUCUGCAAGAUGAACACAGGGCUCCCUUCCUCACGUAAGUGGAGCUAUAAUGGUAGCUGCCCUAACUCUAUAGAGGAUUCCUCUUGGAUCCCAUUCCGGAAUCACUGCUAUGCCUUCCACAUGGAGGUCAUGUUGAAUGUGAAGGAAGCUGCGAAGAAGUGUCAGAAAGUUGGAGGUACCGUGCUGUCUGUCCAAGACGAGAUGGAAAAUGUCUUUGUUUGGGAACAUCUGCAGGCCUAUGAGACUCAGUCCAAAGGAGCUUGGCUGGGUAUGACCUUUAACCCCAAAGGGGGCAUGCUCGUUUGGCAUGACAACCUGGCCAUGAACUACUCCAACUGGGGACGGCAUGACAGCGGACCAAACAUGCUCAGCCCAAAUAGCUGCUACUGGAUCCAGAGCAGGGAUGGGGUUUGGGGUCUGGGCUCCUGCUCCAAUGUCACUAUGGGGGUCAUCUGCAAGACAGCUCGAGUGGAAGGAAGCUACUUUUCCAGACCAGCUUUCCUGGAGAACACAAAGGCCAUUGUUGUGGUCGUCCUUUCCUCUUUAGCGCUGUGUACAUUGGUAGCAAUAGCCAUCUAUCUGUACAAACGUCAGUGGAUCUCAGAGCAGAGGGCUUUUGAGAGCGCCCGCUACAGCCGCACCAACUCCAACCCCAGUGAAUCUGCUGAGAAGAACAUCCUGGUGUCUGACAUGGAGAUCAAUGAACAACAAGACUAAAGGUGUGCUUGGUAGGUAGGGGGAGAUCAGGAUGGAAGGAAGGGAGAGCUUCAAUAAACCACUAGGGUGAUGUCAAGAAACAGAGAAGUUUUUUUCCCCUCUGGAAAUCC